AUUUUGGGUAAGUAUAAUAGGGCAGAUGGGUUUCAAAGGACACCAUUCGCAAGUCAGCGCCUGUAGUGUACACUUCAACACUUCAACCUAACAAGCGAGACCAAUAAGAUGGCCCAUAAAUUGUCCGUUGCAGUUAUCAUUGCCGUAGUCGGAUUCGUAGCAGCGGUGCCUUCUAACCACCCAACCUACAUCGUGCCUGCUGAACACCGCAGCGAAGUGAGACCACUUAAAGCUUACGAAGCUCUUCCAUACGACCAAUAUGACUACUCAAUCGUACCGGCCGAUGAAUACCGUGUUUCUGAAUACGUCAACCCGGGAGACUCGUCUGUCUGGGAUUAUGGCCUUAUAUCAAAAUCUAUUGGAAGUCUUGGAUCGAUUGGUUCGAAAGUUGCUGCUGUUGGCAAGAUACUCAUCGUUAAUGGAGGACUCGUUCUACUCGGAGUAUUACUCGUCGUAGGCUUCUGUGCCUUCACCAAGCACUGCUCCCUCGUCCUCGAGAAGCCCUUCGCCAGACAGCUCCGGUCGCACAUCCCCUACCUCGACGAAAUGGAAGACCUCUUCAGGCGGGCUUAUGAUAAAUAUCACGAAUUGUAAUUUUGUAACAUUGAGAUGGUGCGAGUUGAAGGUGCUAUUUAUUUGUAUUUGUAAGUUAUUUAUUUAAGAAUAAAUGAUGUGUAAAUAUUA